AAUCAUCUUCUCUCCCUCCUCCUCCACACCUUUCUUUUUCUCCUCUUGCCCAGCUUCUCAUCCCACCCUUUCUUCCUCCUACUCCUCCUCCUCGCCCCCCUUCCUUCCCCCUCCUUUUCUCUUAAGUUAGUUCAAGAAAUCAAAUCUGUCAGGACGGGCGGAAAAAUGCCACUUCCCGACUAACAGGCGGAAUCCAGCCCAGAUUUUCAGUCCUUUCUUCUUAUUCUUUCUUCCCUUUCACUAAUUUAUCCCGAUGUUAGCACAUUCUGUCUUGUUACUAGCGGACGCCUGUAGGUUUGCUACAUGGGAUCAUUACUUACUGAUCACGGUGACUCUGAAGUCUGGAACUGAAGGCGGAAUGAGAAGUUGGGAAAACUUUUUUCUCUAAGCUCUCUCUUUUUUUAAAAAAAAAAUAUUAUUCUCGAUGCUUGUUAAGAGGAAAAAAAACCUUUGGUGCUUCUGUUGUGAAUGUGAAACAUUAUCUUCCAGCUGUACAGUGACACAUUUUUUUAAGGAGAAAAGGACUCCUGAUCCGUUUGCCAAAAGGGGGGUGGGGAGGUGGAAUAAUGUUAUCGAGUGAUUAUUCUGGCUGAGAUGUGUUAUUUGGUUUCUUCCUUCUUGAUCAUUUGGUGUUUAAGUAAAAUGAGGCACAGGCUUGUUUGCCGAGUGGAGUGGGAAAGGCAUUUUGAUUUGCUGGCCUAAUUAAAAAAUGAUAAAGGAUUAAAAGGAAAAGGUGGACCUGGACUGAAGGGUGUAAAAUCCCUGGACACAUUCGUGGGGCAGGAAAAAGAAGAGGAAGAUUAGAAGAUUUUUUUUUUCUUUAAGAGAAAGCCCAGCGGAGCUAAACGAAUGUCCCCUCAUCUCCAAAGGAAAGUUCAUCGGAUUUUUAUUCUAGAGAGCUCAUCUUCAGGAUGUCAGUGAACAUUUCUACUGCAGGAAAAGGUGUGGAUCCAAAUACCGUUGAUACUUAUGACAGUGGCGAUGAUUGGGAAAUCGGGGUUGGAAAUUUAAUAAUUGAUUUGGACGCUGAUUUGGAGAAGGACAGACAGAAAUUUGAGAUGAAUAAUUCCACCAACACCACUAGCAGUAGCAACUCCAAGGAUUGUGGAGGUCCGGCCUCCAGUGGGGCUGGUGCUACCGCAGCCUUAGCUGAUGGCCUAAAAUUUGCUUCUGUGCAGCCCUCUGCUCCCCAGGGGAAUUCACACAAAGAGAACAGCAAAUCAAAAGUGAAAAGGAGUAAAACUUCUAAGGAUGCUAAUAAAUCUCUGCCUUCUGCUGCCUUGUAUGGGAUUCCCGAGAUCAGCAGCACUGGCAAGAGGCAGGAAGUCCAAGGGCGCCCUGGAGAGGCAACUGGCAUGAAUUCAGCGCUGGGUCAAAGUGUGAGCAGCGGCGGCAGCGGCAACCCAAACAGCAACAGUACCAGCACCAGCACCUCCGCUGCCCCCGCGGGGGCAGGCUCCUGUGGGAAAAGCAAAGAGGAGAAGCCAGGUAAAAGCCAGAGCAGCCGAGGCGCCAAGCGGGAUAAGGAUGCGGGGAAAUCCAGGAAGGACAAGCACGACCUGCUUCAGGGCCACCAGAAUGGCAGUGGCGGCCAGGCCCCUUCCGGGGGGCACCUCUAUGGCUUUGGGGCCAAGAGCAAUGGAGGUGGCGCGAGCCCCUUCCACUGCGGGGGCGCUGGGAGUGGCAGCGUCGCUGCUGCAGGGGAAGUUAGCAAAAGUGCCCCGGAUUCAGGGCUCAUGGGAAACUCUAUGUUGGUAAAGAAGGAAGAGGAGGAGGAGGAGAGCCACAGGCGAAUCAAGAAACUGAAAACCGAGAAGGUUGACCCCCUGUUUACAGUGCCAGCACCACCACCACCGAUUUCCAGCAGUCUCACGCCUCAGAUUCUACCCUCCUACUUUUCCCCAUCUUCAUCCAAUAUUGCAGCACCAGUUGAACAGCUUUUGGUUCGGACUCGUUCUGUGGGUGUCAAUACCUGUGAAGUUGGAGUAGUGACAGAGCCAGAGUGUCUUGGGCCCUGUGAACCUGGGACCAGUGUGAAUUUGGAAGGGAUCGUGUGGCAUGAAACAGAAGAAGGUGUUCUAGUGGUCAAUGUCACGUGGAGGAACAAAACUUACGUGGGCACCCUACUUGACUGCACCAAGCACGACUGGGCCCCUCCCAGGUUUUGUGAGUCACCGACAAGCGACCUGGAGAUGAGAGGGGGCCGAGGCCGAGGGAAGAGAGCGAGGUCUGCCGCAGCUGCCCCGGGCUCUGAGGCCAGCUUUACGGAGUCCAGAGGGCUGCAGAACAAGAACAGAGGGGGGGGCAAUGGGAAAGGCAGGCGGGGCAGCCUCAAUGCCAGCGGACGGAGGACACCCCCAAAUUGCGCCGCCGAGGACAUCAAAGCCAGCCCUUCCUCCACCAACAAAAGGAAAAACAAGCCUCCGAUGGAGCUGGACCUGAACUCGAGCUCCGAGGACAAUAAGCCUGGGAAGCGUGUCCGCACAAAUUCCAGAAGCACUCCCACCACCCCUCAAGGGAAGCCAGAGACUACUUUUUUGGACCAAGGCUGCUCUUCUCCAGUGUUAAUCGAUUGUCCCCACCCCAACUGCAACAAAAAGUACAAGCACAUUAACGGCCUGAGGUACCACCAGGCUCAUGCACACUUAGACCCCGAAAACAAACUGGAGUUUGAACCUGACAGCGAGGACAAGAUCUCAGACUGCGAGGAAGCCUUGAGUAAUGUGGCACUUGAAUGCAGUGAGCCAAGCACAAGUGUGUCAGCUUAUGACCAGGUGAAGACACCGGUGUCCCCUGGCGCUGGGAAUCCCCCUGGGACCCCCAAGGGAAAGCGAGAGCUGAUGAGCAAUGGCCCAGGUUCAAUUAUCGGUGCUAAAGCUGGGAAGAAUUCUGGGAAAAAGAAAGGCCUUAACCACGAACUGAACAACCUUCCGGUCAUCUCCAACAUGACAGCCACAUUAGACAGUUGCUCAGCAGCAGACGGCAGUUUGGCUGCCGAGAUGCCUAAACUAGAAGCAGAAGGGUUAAUUGACAAGAAAAAUCUGGGAGAUAAAGAAAAGGGCAAAAAAGCUAACAACUGCAAAAUGGACAAAAACCUCUCUAAACUGAAAAGUGCCCGGCCCAUCGCCCCUGCCCCAGCCCCCACUCCUCCACAACUCAUCGCCAUACCUACCGCAACCUUUACCACCACCACCACGGGGACGAUACCCGGACUGCCCUCCCUCACGACAACUGUCGUUCAGGCCACACCAAAGAGUCCUCCACUGAAACCCAUUCAACCAAAGCCCACAAUUAUGGGAGAGCCCAUCACCGUGAACCCAGCUCUGGUGUCACUCAAAGACAAAAAGAAAAAGGAGAAGCGGAAGCUAAAGGACAAAGAAGGGAAAGAGACAGGAAGCCCGAAGAUGGAUGCCAAACUGGGGAAACUAGAGGACUCCAAGGGCGCCGGCAAAGAUUUAUCUGGGCAUUUUUUAAAGGAUCAUCUCAACAAGAAUGAAGGGCUGGCUAAUGGACUGUCAGAGUCUCAGGAGAGCCGCAUGGCCAGCAUCAAAGCCGAGGCCGACAAGGUUUACACUUUCACAGACAACGCUCCCAGCCCUUCCAUAGGGAGCGCCUCAAGGAUGGAGUGCAGCACUUUGGUGAAUGGGCAGGUGCCCAUGGCCCCUCUGCACGUGUUGACUCAGAAUGGGGCAGAGAGUUCCACAGCAAAGACGAGCAGCCCAGCCUAUUCUGAUAUAUCUGAUGCUGCUGACGAUGGUGGUUCUGACAGCAGGUCGGAGGGCAUGAGGUCAAAGGCCAGUUCCCCAUCAGAUAUCAUUUCUAGUAAGGAUGGUGUUGUAAAAGGGCAUCCUUCAACCACAGCACAAUCGUCUCAACUGAAAGAGUCCCUUUCUCCCUAUUACCAUGGCUACGAUCCUUAUUAUUCUCCGAGUUACAUACACCCUGGACAGGUUGGUGCCCCUGCAGCUGGGAACAGUGUGAGCACACAGGGACUGAAGAUCAAGAAGGAGUCUGAGGAAGACGCCGAAAAGAAAGACAAGGCAGAGCAGUUAGAUUCCAAGAAAUUGGACCACAGUUCUGCAUCCUUACAGCCUCAGCACCAAUCAGUGAUCACACAAAGACAUCCUGCCCUGGCUCAGUCACUUUAUUAUGGCCAGUAUGCCUAUGGGCUCUAUAUGGACCAGAAGUCUCUGAUGGCCACCAGCCCUGCCUAUAGACAGCAAUAUGAGAAGUACUAUGAGGACCAGAGGCUGGCAGAGCAGAAAAUGGCCCAGGCUGGGAGAGGAGACUGUGAGAGGAAAAGUGAGCUCCCCUUGAAAGAGCUGGGCAAGGAGGACUCUAAACAGAAAAACAUGCCAUCGGCCACAAUCUCAAAAGCUCCCUCUACUCCAGAGCCUAACAAAAACCAUUCUAAACUAGGGCCAUCAGUGCCUAAUAAAACUGAGGAGACAGGUAAAUCGCAGCUUCUCUCCAAUCACCAGCAGCAGCUUCAGGCCGACAGCUUCAAAGCUAAGCAGAUGGAAAACCACCAGCUUAUUAAGGAGGCUGUAGAAAUGAAAUCUGUCAUGGACUCUAUGAAGCAGACAGGUGUAGACCCAACCUCGAGAUUUAAACAAGAUCCUGAUUCAAGGACAUGGCAUCAUUACGUAUACCAGCCCAAAUAUCUGGAUCAGCAAAAAUCAGAAGAACUUGAUAGAGAGAAGAAAUUAAAAGAGGAUAGUCCAAGGAAAACUCCUACUAAAGAGAGUGGUAUGCCCAGCCUUCCUGUAUCAUUAACGAGUAUUAAAGAGGAGCCCAAAGAGGCCAAGCGUCCUGAUUCUCAGUCCAUGGAGGAGAACAAGCUGAAAAACGAUGACCGAAAGACUCCUGUGAACUGGAAGGACUCUCGGACAACGAGAGUGGCUGUCUCCUCACCCAUGAGUCAGCAUCAGUCAUACAUACAGUACUUGCAUGCCUAUCCGUACCCACAGAUGUACGACCCCAGCCAUCCUGCAUACCGGGCUGUCUCUCCUGUCCUCAUGCACAGUUAUCCUGGGGCCUAUCUCUCUCCAGGAUUUCAUUAUCCUGUUUAUGGGAAGAUGUCAGGGAGAGAAGAGACAGAGAAAGUCAAUACCAGCCCUAGCAUCAACACGAAAACAACCACUGAAUCGAAAGCACUGGAUUUGCUCCAGCAGCAUGCCAACCAAUACCGCAGCAAGUCUCCUGCUCCUGUGGAAAAAGCUACAGCUGAGCGCGAACGCGAGGCAGAAAGGGAAAGGGACCGUCACUCACCCUUCGGCCAGCGGCACCUACACACGCAUCACCACACCCAUGUUGGCAUGGGUUACCCUCUAAUCCCAGGUCAAUAUGACCCUUUUCAAGGCUUGACCUCUGCUGCCCUCGUUGCCUCUCAGCAGGUGGCUGCCCAGGCAUCUGCAUCUGGAAUGUUUCCUGCACAAAGAAGAGAAUAACAAGAUUGGAAAUGUACGUUGUCAUGUGACUGGAUCACAUGGGGAAGCGCUUUAUACAGACAUCAGUUCCAUGGUGUUAAUUUGAAAUGCCUUAAUGGCAGGCAAAAACCAGUCAUUUCAUUUUUGUAAAUUACAGAUUUUAUCACAGAGUAACAAAUGUUGCUGUAAUUAAACUUCUGUUUUAUAUAUAUAUACGUAUACAUAUCUGUAUAUAUACAUAUAUAUAUAUAUACAUAUAUAUAUAUUCUUUACUUUUUGUAUCAGUAACCAGGCUCGCACACACAGGGUCUGCUGCCACGUCGCAAACCACUCAGUAAAGGAAAUUUAAAAAUGUAUUUGUCAUGUUGAAAAGUGUUAGCCACAGAAGGCUGCUUACUUCCUUUUUCUUUUCCUUUUCAAUUGUAAAUAAAUAAUGUUAUGUAUCAGUGUGCCUGAACCUUGCAUAUCCUUCACAUAUUUCCCGAAAGCCCCUCAGAAAGGCUAACUGUGAUGAUGACACUUUGGUACAAUUUAGAUGUCUAUUUGGUGGCUCCUGUAAAAGACGCAUCAGUGUAAAAUGUUCCUGUAGUCACUGUUUGUACUUGUGUAUUGUGGAAAAAAAUACUUUUGGAAGGCAUGGGGUUGCCAGUACCACAAAAACUGUGUUGUAUAUAAUGUAAAGAUUUAAAUGGGGAAAUAAUGAGCAUCUGUGAAUAAUGAGGUGUCAUUUUUUGAUAAUCUUGAAUGGCAAAUAACCCAAUAGCCUGCGUACCAGAGACAUCUGUGAUUGUUCUAUUACUUGAAUAGUCCUGCAGUCUUUUUUUUUUUUUUUUAUGUUUACAAUUAUCCAGUUUUAGAAGAGAGAGACUUUAACGCCAUUGCCUGGUUACUUGUUUUAUGCUGUAAUCUAGUUUAUUUUAUGUAAAAUGUAUAUUGAAUGCUUUCCUUUUUUAUACCUGCCUUAAAUAAUUUGGCAAUCAGAAUUAAAAAGGUUUUUUUUUUUUUAUAAUG